AUGGCAGCAGUAGAUCCCUUUGGGCGUGCUUAUGACCAAAGAAGAAGAGUGGAUCGGACUGGUCUGCCUGAUCCCAGACGAUCGCGAACAUAUGCGAGUCACCGUGGACUACAUCGCGAUAAACCCAUCUCUUAUGGUCCCCACAGUCGUAAUGAUACCCUUGGUAAUGAUGGUGAUAGUGAUAGCGAUAUUCAGGUCGAAGAUAACUACCCCGAAGCUUUUGUCCGAAACCAAUCACAGUUAAAUAGGUGCUUCAAACAGUGGAAUGUCAGCUUUGAAGAUCCCGAGAACUUCUGUGCCACACUUGUGCCCCUCCUAGUCACAUUCCAGACACUUUUAAACUUAGAUGGCCAGGAACGUGCAAACGCCUAUAAUGAGACGACAAACUGCAUAACGCUACACGACUUUUUGAUCCAGAUAAAAAAUCAUCCUGACCAUAGUCGCCGACACGAUGCCAGGAGUAUUCUUGAUGAAAUUGAUAACCGGAUUAAAGGGUAUCAAUGGAGAAGGCUUACACCGACCCCAGCCGUACCACCGCAAUACAUAGUACCCGGUACUGAGAGACAGUUUAGAUCCGAUCCAUCACCUGCAGAGAUAGAAAAUUUAUGGAGCAGUGGUGCAGUUUUCCAGGCCAUCCCAUUUACUGCCGGAGGGUCAGGGCAGAUAGCAUCGAGUAUUGAAGGUCUUCGAUGUCCUCCGCCAGCAUUAAAGCCUCGACACUUUAUACCAGAUGCCCCAUUUAUCCCACCUGGUAAUGAAAUAUGGACUGCCAAUCUAGAGUCUCGGGUAGAUAAUAUGUUUAUAACAGCAGAAGCUGGGCUGAAUACCUUGAUGAGCUUUGGAGAACUUUCAGAAGUUCUAGGUCGGCCAAAUCCUGAAAUGUAUUUGUAUGACUCACCACUGCAUGAUACAUAUCUUCCUAUGCCUGAAGGCUGUCGAUUCUUGACGGGGCCUGAGAUAGACGAAACAAAUCCUGAACUACAAAACAUGGACAUUUGGCCAGAUUUAGAAAUCAUUGACGAAAGGGUCGCGCCUGACAAUGACCCACUGUCACGGGUUGGAAGAUAUCACUAUCUUUAUAUCUUAUUUUCUCGGGUUCGUGAACUGGUGACACAACCAAGGGUUGCAAGGAGGUUCGCGAUUGUGUUUCGGGCACCCCCCGAUAGAUACGGCCCUUAUAGUAAUGAGGAGUUGGUCAAUGAGCUUCCGCCAACCAACGACGAAAUUGAACUGGUGAUAUUUUGGUUCUCGAGCUUAUUUCCCCCAGUCCAUAUAACUCGAGAUUUACCACCAAAUGUUUACGGCAGUCAACCUCGAGGGCGCGGUCUUGAGCAUAUAAAUAUCAACGCUAAACUAAUAGAUGCCAUCGAAAUUCAUCGACAGGAUAUGGAAGUAGGCCACCUACUUCUAUUAACGUUCCAAACCCUUGUUCACGAACUUGCACAUUGGUUAUAUGCAAAGAUGUGGUAUCGGCCCGAACCCCCCGGCCCGGAAGUUGUGGCACGGUCACUCCGGAACGUUAGGCAGCGUAAUAUCACCAUACGAUAUGGCCGGGCAGAAAUUUGGCCUGGAAGUGUCUAUCUCACACCACGGAAAAUGCGCUUCUUUAUACACCCGCACCAGGAGUUUUAUGACCAUCCAGACUAUCGAUGGCGGCAAUUCCCUCGCUAUCGUGGUGAGAUGGGAACUAUGAUCGAGUGGAUGGUAUUUGGUUAUGAGCUUGAUCUGCCACCACCACUGGGCACAAUGGAGGGCCCUGAGAGAUAUCUUUCGGUCCUCUUCUACGGUUCUUCGCCCGGGCAAAAUGUCGAAAACCAAGUCCAAUUCACGGCUUAUGGGGCUGGUAGACUUCUUCAAGCCCAAAGUCAUACUUGGACUCACAGAAACCCAGCUGAAGUACUCGAAUUAGCAACUUUUUUGAGGAGGGAAGCUGCCUUACAAACAGCGCCACCGGAAGAUGGUCAAUUGCAAAUAGCCCCAAGAUUGGAACUUGAAGAUUGCCUGAGUACUCGUGAUCAUAUUGAUAAAUACGAUGCAGAUGAAUUGCACAUAGCUGGAAAUAUUGGGGAGAAUGGGACAUACCGCAGGGCUAUUCAAUACAUUUGCAAAGAGAGGCGAGAGACUGAGCACAAAAGGAGAGGGCAGCCCAACGAAUAUGGAUGUAUCGCCCCUUCAGAGCGUAUACCGCCACCGCCUCCCCCAUCGAUUGCGAACGGAUAUCCGACUCUUGCAAACAGAUAUCUAUCCUUAAGCAAUAUCACAUUCUUUAUAUUAGCGUGUUCUUCUUACUUUUACAACUACAAGUUCGGCAUAGUCUCUAUCUCUACCAAUGUUCCUUCCUACAUCCCCAACAUCACCGUACAAGAGCUUUCAAGUGUUACGGUCGCUAUCUCCGUAUAUCUGUGUUUCUUAUUGGAGCGCCGGUUCCUAAAGCUCGCCGUGCCUACUAUCAUAUCAUUAAAUGUGCGUCUUUUCAACAUUCUGAGGCCCGUGCCUGUCAUUCCCGGUGCACCACCUCCCGGCGCACCAGCUGCAGCUGGAUGA